GUUCUCGCGGUAGACGACCAGGGACUGGGGAACUGGCAGGAACAGCAGCGGCAACUCUUACGAGCGGGGACUCCGCACAUGUCUUCAGUUUUAGUUUCGGUGUGGCGAUAGUCGCUGCCAGCGCGACCGACAACCCCGCGGCAAGAGUGCACCAGUCGAAAGAAUAAGAACAAGAAGAAGAACCUCCGCAGCUGCAUUCUUCGCCGGUUCCGCGUCACCUACGAUCAUACCUAAAACGGAGAAAUAAACCGGAAACUCGAAAUCAUCCGAAACGGCUGAUCCGUCAAAAUCCCACCCCUCCGUCGCGCGAUUCGGAAUUUUUUUCAAAAUUUUCAAGUGACGCGUGUAAAUGAAAUAGGAAAAACGUGAAAAUUCAAAUAACGUUCACGAACCGCGGGCUAAGGGGAUAAAAAAUGGCGGGCUCCGAUAAAUAAAGUCGACAUUUGAACUUCCAAAUUUCGUAAAUCCGUUUCAACCAAUCUCGUCAAAAAUGUAGGGCUAAGAAUCUACAGUGCGACGAUGUGCGGAUACAAGAAUAUGACGACCGAUCGGUGAAAAAUAAACUGAGAAAAAUAAAGAAUCCCUUCAGCUGACACCGUUUUUACGAGGCGUUACUAGUCCGUUUGAAGAACGAGUAGAGAUAUUUAAAACUCCCUUCCAGAAAAAAAGGGGAAGAAUAUGUGCGCGCUUGGACCGCAAUAAAAGUGAAGGGUGAACGGAGCCACGGUAUCCCGUGUCGGCUUAUUCGUUAUAAUCAAAAGAUUUUUUCGAGUUGAAAAGCGCGUAACUGUACGUGUAACGUGUCUUUUUAUGCAGCGUGUACGUAGUUCCCUGAAGGGUGAUAAUAAUGAACUGCAUGUGUGUCGUUAGAAUAGACUGAAGUAGGAAACAAAAAAAGAAAAAAGAAAAAAAGGAAGAAAGGGUCUCAGGUUUGGUAACCUGACUACGCGAUGGACCUUUGGCAGUUCGUUUCGACGCACAAUUCGAAGAAUUUCAGAAGACACGAGGCACAAAAAAUAUUUUCAUGCAAACAAAGUGUUACCGGUAAAAAUUCGGACGAGUGGGAAAAGAUCGUACCAGCCGACACACGGAGGAUGCGCGUUUGAAAAUCUGCAGCUAAUGUCAACGAAGUGAGAAGGGGAGCGGAGCGGAAGAGGACGAGGACGAGAGGGGUGAAGCCGACAUUUCCAUGGAAAUAAAUAGGCGUGAAAGUUGAAUAAAAUUCGAUUCUGGAUCAGAGUUGGAAGUUUCAUUUAGCCCGAGCUAGAUACACAAGGAACUAAAUAAACGAGAACGUAUAGUUGCUUUAGCGACCCACGCGGCGUUCUGCGAAUCGCGUUUAUAGAUCGGUGGCAACAACUGCGCGGACCAGGUGGUCGUUUAAAUUCACAAUCGGAAUCGACGAUUCCCUGAUAGAUAUUCAAGUUUAAACAAAUUUAAAGUGUUCAUCGGGACUUUUUUUUUUUUGUGAAUUUCAAAUCAUACCGUCACAGUAUUCCACACAACCGACGACGAAAUAUAAAUAAGUCGCCGUACGAGAUAUACAUAUAUAUCGAUGUGUCAAUGCUCAAGGUGUUCGAAUCUAAAUAUACCAUCGAAUCAACAGGAUAUCUUUUGUGCAGUGUUUCAUUUCACUUAUCUCUUUUCCCCCCCAAACGAGACAGAUGAAGUACGAGACAGUGAUAACGUUGUACAAAUCGGUGAAAAUGUCAUUCGGUGAAUCGCUCCUCAUCGGUAUCAUAUUUGCCUCAUUUUUGCUACGCGAAAGGACGACAGUCGGAGCCGACGAUGUCCUGGAUUUUCAAAACAAACUACCUGCCAAAGUGAUUUGGGCUGUGGAAGGCGACGAUGUCGAAUUACCAUGCGAUGUGACGCCUCCUCGACCCACGGAUUCCGUGAGCAUGGUACUUUGGUUCAAGGACACCGCAGGAAUUCCCAUAUACAGUUUAGACGCGAGGGGUGGUGUUCUGAAUAAAUCGGUUCACGCGGCCCUGGUUAAUGACUCGGGGAAAAAAAGCUUCUUCCUUGUCGGUGAUGGUCACCAUAGAGCGAGGUUGAAAAUCACAAAUGUCACCUUCAACGACCAGGGGGUCUUUCGAUGCAGAGUAGACUUCGCGAAUAGCCCCACGAGGAACUUCAGGGUCAAUCUCACCCUCGUCGAACAGCCAACCAAACCGGUUAUUUACGACGCUCAAGGUCGCGAAGUCACCGGCGUCGGAGGUCCGUUCCUCGAAGGGUACGAUCUCUUCCUCUCGUGUCAAGUGGCCGGAGGUAAACCGAAGCCAACGGUAACUUGGUGGAGAGACGGUCAAUUAUUGGACGGGGUGGUGGACUCUCCGGUGAUCCAUGGAGUACCUGGAAAAUUCACGGUCAACCAAUUGUUCGUCGGAAUUGUUACGAGGGCUUUAUGGGGGGCAAAACUUGAGUGCAGAGCGCAGGCUGGUCCGCUGGGAAAACCCGUCGUUCGGGAAGUCCCCUUGGACAUUUAUUUGAAGCCUGCUGCGGUAAAGAUCGUCCUCGACACGGAAGUGAUCUACGCGGGGCGUCCUGUGGGUGCGAGGUGUGAAACUUGGGGUAGUUCACCGGCAGCUAGGAUCAUUUGGACGCUGGAUGGGAAUACUAUACGAGAUCCUUCGAUCGCGUCGACUCAGAGGAGUAACUCGACGGUGAGCAAAUUGGCGCUGGUUGUCGGCCGUGAAGAUGACACCAAGGAGCUUUCGUGCCGCGCUGAAAAUCCAAGAUUCCCCGGUGGCGUACUCGAAGCGAAGAAGGUCCUCAGAGUAUCGUACGCGCCUGUCGUUUCGGCCCAGAUCGCCAAAGGCUACGACCCCGAAACUUUGAGAGAAGGUGACGACCUUAAGCUCGUAUGUGAGGUGGACAGCAAUCCACCACCGGAAACCAUCGUAUGGUAUCACGACGAAGCCCUGAUAGAACAUAACGUUACCGGAGGCACACUGGUAGCUUCGAAAACUCUGACGCUGAGGUCUCUCACGUUGGCUCAUUCCGGGGAAUACGUUUGCGUGGCAACUAAUGCAGUCGGUGAAGCCAGAAGUCAACCCGUUCUCAUACAUAUGAAAUAUGCCCCGCGUUGCAGAGAAGGCUACGAGUCCCAGGAAGUCAGUGCCUUGCGUGACGAACCCCUCGCCUUGCUCUGCGAGGUCGAAGCUGUUCCCGGCGACGCUGUCCGUUUUUCCUGGACGUACAACGGAACUCUCGGCGACGUUUUGCCGCUGCCGUCGACGAGGGCACGAAACGAGGGAUUGACGAGCACUUUGGAAUACGUCGUCGCCGGGGAAAGCGAUUUUGGGACACUCGCGUGUUGGGCGUCGAACAGCGUCGGCAGGCAGAAGACGCCGUGCGUUUUUCACGUCAUACCUGCAAAAAAACCGCAACCACCCUUGGACUGUUCCCUGCGAAACGAAUCCUCGGCGUUAGAAGUGAAUUGUAUCCCUGGAUCAGACGGUGGUUUGCCGCAAUAUUUCCUGUUGGAAGUACGAGGAGUUUCGGGAUUGUCGUCGGGUCUUCAUACCCCCCAAAACGACCAGGGAGUUGCGGGAGAAGCGCCGCCAAUAUUCGAGGCGAGAAAUCCUCGGCCAAUUUUCCAGUUGGAUAGGCUAGAGCCUGGUUUCGAGUACACCAUGUUUGUUUACGCUGUUAACAAUAAGGGAAGAAGCGAUCCGGUGCUCCUCGAAAACGUUCGGGUCGCAGCUGGGGCUGUGGAUAAAACGAAAAAAUACGGGAUUUCCAUCGAGGGAUUAACGAAUGUUAUCGCUCCCAACGCGCAGUCGUACAGCGUGGUUCUGGUCUCAGCGCUGGUCGCCGGCGUGGCGCUGAUAUUGAUCGGUAUCGGCAUAAUGAUCGGGCUAGCGAUAUGCAGAAGAAGAAAUUCCACACCCUUAACUUCAGGCCCAGACGAUUUUACCACUCCAACUUACGUCCCUGCUCAAAGGAUCGAACCAAGGGCAAAAUACUCCUCAGACAGGCGGAGGUCGCAAAGGACGAGUCUUUUUUUCGAAGAAAGCAGGCACGAACCUGACUUGCUGCAACGAGUCGAGUUGGAUCUUCAUGACUAAGUGAUCGAUUCGUCAUUACCAAAUUUUGUACAGUCUUUAGAGAAACAAAAAAGUACCUAAACUAUCUGAUUAUACAGAAGAAGUAUUUCAUAGACUAUAGAACUAAGUGAAAGAUAUUUUUUAUUUCAACGAUACGCGCACAGCCGAAGCUCAGAAAAUUUGAAAAAAAAUUAUUAAUAAUUUCGCUGAACAUUCGUUGCUUGCAAUCUGCAAGUUUUAAUAAUUAUCGUAUACCGAUAAUUGUGAAACGUAAUGUGUAAUUGAAACAGCGACUCGAUCUAUACUUCCGGAUAAAAAAGAGAAAAUCAAAACCAGUUUUUAUUUGAUCGCUCUUGGUGUGAAUUGCGACCAAUAAAAUAAACUCGGCGGGGAAGUGUUUGUAACUUAAUUGGAGAAGAAGAAAUAGAUUACGGAAAUAAUAAAGUUUCAUCGAUUAGGAUUUGUACAUAUAAUACAUAUAUAUAGGCACUGUAGAAACAUAAAACUUUAUUAGAUUAAUUAAGUCUCAAUUAAUAUAUAUGAGAAUUAGGUGAGGAUAUUUCCGGUAAUUGUGCGCGUCUGUCGUAAAUAACGCGUAAUUGUGGUCUGAUAAAUGUAGAUCAAAAUUGAUUGGGCGAAUAACUGAUAAUUGAGGAAAAUUUAAUCAACGGUAGGAUUAAUUUUUUGAAAAAUCAAAACAGCAGAUUCGCAGUAACAUUUAUUAUUAAUAUUAUCACAUAGAUUUAACGCACAAGUUUGUACAUAAUUCCAACGCUGUAGAAUAUUAUAUAUAUAUAUAUACAUACUACACAUUAAUAUUUCCGCAACAAUUAAUUAGAACGCCAUUACGUUUAAUGUUUAUCGAUAAUUGAGUAGAUAUAGUCGGUUUAUAAUUCAAUUCACAGGGUUAAUCGGAAGGCAGAGUAAAGAAAUUAAUCACCUAGAGUCGAACUCUGUGUUCACCGAUCAAUUUUUACCCAAUAAGUAUCACCGUACAUCUGGCAGAAUUAAUGCACAAAGUCGAAAACAACCAUCGGUGAGCUAAAAACCGAAAAAUAUCUUGUAUUACUAGCAUGUAAUUAGAAGACGAAUAAAUUUUAAAUUUAUAUUACUAUAA